AUGUCGAAGAUCAACGCCACCAGCGAGCCAUUUCCCGACCUCCCAUCGGUCUGUGUCCAGCUUUUGGAAGGAAAGGCCAAAAAGGGUAUGACCUUCGCCCAGAUCGGUGAGGUCAUCAAUCACGAUGAAGCAUGGGUCGCAGCGCUCUUCUACGGCCAGGCAAAAGCCACUCAGGAAGAACUGCUCAAGCUGAGCGAGCUUUUGGACAUCCCGGAGCACAGUUUGCUUUCUGAGAUGGGUGAGAACUGGUUCCCGCGCCGCGGCCUCGGCCCCGUGCCGCCUCAGGACCCUCUGCUCUACCGUCUCUUCGAGGGUGUUCUCGUUUACGGCACACCUAUCAAGGCCCUCAUCCACGAGAAGUUCGGUGACGGCAUCAUGUCCAUGAUUGACUGCAAGGUCUCCGUCGACAAGAAGCCGGAUCCCAAGGGAGACCGUGUCGUUCUCACGUUCGAUGGGAAGUUCCUCCCUUACCUGCGCUGGUGA